CAGAGUUGGAGACCCGACAGGAACCUGGACCCCUCUCCAACAAGUACCUAAUUCAUUGGAUGUUCCUCGGCAUCCGGGAAUUUCAUGACCCGUCCGGGCAUUCUUCAACUCCACCUUCCGUCAAUGGCCGAUACUGAUUUCAUGAUCGGGAAGGCAUCAUUAUUAGCCUGCCGCCAUGGGCAACAUUCAACCAUUCAUCAGCCACUUUCUCGUCGCCGGUCUCGUCGUGCAUACCAUCGUACCCUACAACACUGCUAUACACCCCCAAGUUUCAGUCAAGGGGCAUGGGGGGUGGACAAUGGCAGGAAAACACCCCAGAAACGAACACACACACACCCAAAUAGGUCCAGCCUAGGUGCGUGGGAUUUCCAGACUGCUGGUCCCUAUCUAGACCUCUACCCGUAUGCAACAGUGGUAUCACCCUCUUCUUUUCCACAUUAUUCAAGCCACAUUCUACCGACAUCCGUCACGUCAACGACAGACUUGUGGAUAAACUCCCGCCCCCGACGACUACAAUCUUGCCAAUGCGUGGUGGCCACGCCAUGGACCGAAGCACUCGGUGAAGAGGCCCUCGUUGCUUUUGACCAGAGCGCCUUCUUUCUCGACAACAACAGCGGCUUGCGCUUUCACGUACCCUGGGCCCUGGUCUCUCAUGACAAGAAGGCUAGAAAACGAGGCAAUCAAGUCUAGUUCUGGGAGUCCGGGUCCGGUGCUUCUAGCCGACAUGCGCGCGAGUGGCUGUAGUGGGUCAGUUUGGACGACAAUGGACAGACGCCUCCUCUAGCAUAUCUGUCGCCUUUAUUGCCUUGUUGCUCUCGUGGUCAUCAGUCGGCGUCGUCACCCCACGAUCCAGCCACGGGCACCCAUCUGCAACUACCA